AUGGCAACGGCAGAAGAUCUCCCGGGCGCUGGGUUUGACAUGCAGCUUAUGGGAAAGUUUGCUCUAUCUCUUGUCGCCGUGCUGCUCAUUUCCUGGGCUUAUAAAUUCUCUGGGUCCUGGGGCCGGGGCCGGCGCUGGCGCCGGAGAGCGCCGGAUCAAUCUAAUGGGAGCGUCGGACCGCCGACAGAUUCCCAAACACCUGCAGGCACUUGCAUAAAAUGCAAAGCUGAGCUGCGGCCGGAAAAGGCCCAGGUACCGGCGAGCGCUGAGACGGGACGGGCCGAAGACUCUCCGCGGGAUCCGGAAAACGACCGUCCGGAACGCCGGGAAUACCCCGCUGAGAAUUCCAAAACUCAGAUCUCUGAGAAAUAUUCCAGUGAGGAUUAUGAGAGUGAGCCUGGCGGACGGCACAAGCACUCCCCAGAGAAUGGGACUUGGGACCGCCGCCAACCCCCCCUGAGCCCUUCGGAAAAGGAGGCUGUGGAACACAUCAAACACCGCCCUGAGAAUUCCAGAAAAGGUCUUUCGGAGCAGCGGGAAUAUCGCCCUGAGUCUCCGUCGGCGUACAGCCACGCCGAAGUGCUUCAGAGCGAGCCACAGCCAAACGGCGAGGGCAGAGGCGCUCCCCGCGGUCUGGGCUGCACGUUAUCUCCGCCGCCUGCCACCGAACCGGGCCGAGCGAGCCCAACGGGCCGGCGCUCCCCGUGCACGCUGAGGAAGCUGGAGCAAAGUGCCGGCGUGCGGCGGGAACUCCGCCAGGACCUGGGCCACCCCGGCACCUUCUCCAGCUUCCGGUCCAAGGUGGAGAUCCGGGUGGAGGACGCCAACCUGCUCCUGGAGAGGCCCGGCCGCGAGCAGGUGGAGGUGCGCGGGAAGAUCUACGAAUUCUACGCCGAGUCCUCCUCCCAGUCGUCCGACUACCCGUCCAGUCCGGACGUCCGGAGUCCGACAGUGAGGCAGUACCAAGACCUCACCUCACAGGACCUACAGCCGCGGGGGAGGGCGAUGGGAAGAGAGCGCUACGCUGGAGGCAGAACCGCCAAGCUACCCGUCACCCCAGGAUCCCACGUCUCUCCCCUGAUCAUGCGGGAUGUUGGAGAAGGAGACUCAAACCCGAUCGGCUCUACGGCUCGUUCCACCGUGGAUCGGAGCCCCAGCCCCAGUCUGCCAAACAAACCACCAAUCCGCUUCGAGUCCCCAACAAGGGCCCACUUCUCACAGCCACCACUAGAGAGCGCUAGAAAUCCGGAGCUGGACAGUCUAAUAGGCCGACUGAAUCUAGGCAACUGCCUACAAGCCCUGACUCUCGCCAGAAAGUACAGACAUGCAAGCCUGGAGGAAUCAGCCCUGAGGGUCAUGUCGGACAACUACCUACAGGUGCUACAAGAUCCAGGGCUAUACGGGAGGCUGACUGCCCAUGACCGAGAGGAGAUCCGCACUCAGAGGAUGAAGGGGAGGAAGUACUUAAUGGCGGCCGACAUUAACCCAGAGGACUGGAUGAGGACCAGGGCGAUGGCGGGGUCCAGUGACUCCGGCGUAUCCAGCGGGCUGUACUGUUACGACGACUACCAGGACACCUGGCACCACAUGAGUCCCCUCCCCACAGAGGUCGUGUCGGGGGGCUGCGCCGUGUGCACGAUGGACAACUACCUCUUCGUCGCCGUGGGCUGCGAGGGCGCCGGCCGCUACGCGCGCCCGUCGGGGAGGGUGUUCUGCUUCAACCCGGCGACGCGCGGCUGGACGGAGCUCCGGCCCAUGAACCAGGCGAGGCGGCAGUGCAGGCUGGCGGCCCUGCGGGGGCAGGUGUACGCCGUGGGCGGGGAGGGCCUCCGCACCGUGGAGCGGUACGACCCGCAGACGGCCCGCUGGAGCUUCGCGGCCCCGCUGCCCGUGGACGGGGCGCACCGCGCGACCUCCUGCGCCGGGGAGCUCUUCGUCCUGGGCGGCGGCCCCAGGCACGCCCUGCUGCGCUACGACCCGCGGGCGGACGCCUGGCGGCAGAGCCCGGUGGCGGGCGGCCCGGGGAGCACCGUGGAGCUGGCGGCGGUGCGGAGCUCCCUCUACCGCUUCGACGUCCUCCCCUCGCGGGGCCUCGCCGUCUACCGCUACCACGUGACGGCCCGCCUGUGGUACGAGUGCUGCCGCAGGCGCCCCGCCCCGCGCCCCGCCUUCCGCUGCGUCGCCGUGGACGACGUCAUCUACUGCCUGGGCCGCGGCUUCGCCGCCCGGCUGCUGGCGCACGAGGUCUCGCCCGCGUUCGACGAGGCCGACCCGCGGAGCCUCGCGGCGGCCGGCGGCGACCUGUUCCCCUUCACGCUGGCGUUCCCCGAUAAGAGCGCGCUGCAGACCGGUGUCUGA